AUGAAAAAAUCCUCUCCAGUACAAAAACAUCUGUUCGGUGCAUCUCAAGGUGGAGUACCAGAUCGAGCUGCACAAUUUCUUGAGAAAGCUGAAGCGUUAUCCAAACCAGCAAUUGAAUGGUCUAUUACUAAUGAAGAUUCAUUAUAUGCUCGGCCAGCUACUGGUGGACGAAAAGUACGUCAUCAUAAUUUUGAUCAUGAUGUUAAUGAUGCUAUCGAAGAAGUGAAAUAUUUAUGUAAUGUUAUUCGACAAUGUGGAAAAAAGAAUACGAUUGACGGAACAAUGGAAAUAACAUUUGGACAAUUAUUUAAUAUUUAUGUUGAUAUUUCAAGUAAACUAGUUGGAACAUUACUUCGAGCAAGAAAAUAUCAUUAUUUAACAUUUAAAGGAGAAUUAUUAUUACAACAUCGAGAUGAAAAUGUUAUUAUUAAACUUCUAUAA